AUGUACAAUACGUUUAACGAGAUAUACGAAGCAGUCAAACAGAACGGAAUACUUGUUACUGGUACUCCGUCAACGCCGCCUCAGAAUGCCAAGGGCAAGGGACAAAAGAGAAUUCAAAAAUUUUCUCCGACUGGUCUGAGCCCUCACAGCAAAACAACGUCAAGGCCAAUGCACUAUAGUCCAAAGGAUAAGAAUACGCGUAGACGGUUAGAUUUGAGAAAAAGUAUAUUGUCAGUUCCCGACCAAGGGCAAGGAAUAAAUGCGAAUUUAGAGCUGGAAAACACCAUAGCUAACUUGAUGAACCUACCUGUGGAAGAAAAUGAAAAAAAGUCACCUCCCGUUGUCAAGGUAUAUAUGUAUAAUAUACAGUAUUUAGAGAAAUAAAAUUAUUAAUAUUGUUUCUUUUGAGCAUACUUUAUAAACCCAUUGAAACCGAUUACUUUUCAAGCCUCUAUAUGGCACGCACACUGCCACUAGAAGGAUGCAUGUGCCAUGUGGUCAUGAGUAUCACGCUAAAAUUAUAAAAAUAACAUACAAAACUCACAUGAUUUGUUGUUGAAAAUGUAUUAUACUAUCCUCGAAAGACCAAACAAUUUAUUCAUUUCUUCAAAUAGAUCUUCGUCGGUUAUAGCACAAGAGUGAUUGAACAUGAAUGUUUUGGAAGCGAAAGGGAUAUUGUAAAAAAUCUGGCAACGAAAAAUUAUAAAAGCGCAUAUCUGGCAGCAUUUAGAAAUCCAACAAUGAAAGAGUUCCUUGUGAAGAAAUUUUAUGAUGAAGCACGCACUGAACUAAAACAUUAUUCGAAAAUGAAGUCGUCUGUGUUUCGUUUUAAUGGUUCGUUUGAAGAACUUGCAGAGUAUAAAGGAGUUGAACUAAUUAACGAGUGUCAGGUUGAAUUGCCACUUACAUAUGGCUUUGUAUCACACACAUCUGGACAGAAAUCUCCGAAAACACUUUUUAACAAGAAAGUGCUUGCAUUAUCCUCACUACUAAACAGUUGGAUUGCAAAGUCGAAAUUUAUUUAUAGAAAUAAUGUUAUUCUUACUGCCGGAGGAUGCAAGAAAACAGAAAUCAAAACCUUUCACGAUCUUGGUAAGUCUUUACAUGAAUGCAUAUUUUAUCACCCCAUACUGGAUCUGUUAUUAUGUUUUACUAGUAUAUGAUUAUCGCGGAAAUUUACAGCUAUAUGGGCCAGUUGUUCAAAGCUGGAUUAGCUUAACCCUACGUUCACGUAAAAUUCAAAGCAAACUUCCUGGCAGCUUGUCUAUAUAUUUGGAAGUAUUUCUUCAGAGACCUUGUUUGGUUAAAUCUUGUCUGGUUAUUUCUCUGAAGUUUUGAAAUAAGCAGACGUGCAGAAAUAUUCUAUCUAAAACAGCAGGUUAAAUUUUAAUUCAGGAUUAACGCUAACCCACCUUCGAACAACCGGCCCAUGAAAGAUAAAUAUUUUUAUGUAUUUUUAGGUAUGUCCAGUCAUCCUCGGACCGUGAAUAAUAUGCAAGAGAAAAUGUCGCAAACCUUUGACAAAGACGUUCUUUCUUGGAAACAGGAACUGCUGAAUUUUCACGCUGAAAAACGAUUUAUUAGUGAAGUCAUUGAAAGUCAGCAUCAAACAAGUGAAGACAGUAUGGAACUUUGUACAAUCAAUUUGAAUAAAGAAGCUGUAAGCAAUUGUGAAAGUUACACCGAGGAUAUCUAUAACAAAUGCAUAUCUAAACUACCUGCGUGUGACACAAACAUUUAUGAUGAUGAAGAAGAAGUGUUAGGAACAAAUAAGCAGCAAUAA